UUUGUGAAAGUGGCCUGACGUCACACUCCCACAAUGCUCGCGCGCCCCAUAACUCUGCUGCUGCAGCCUGAGGAGCGCGAGACUCUCAGGCCCCGAAAAAAGAAAAAUUAGUGAAAAAAAUUGGAAAAAAAUAAUAAAACAACAGAUCAAGAGGAGAAAGACCUGGAACGGUGGCGUAGGGGCUCCCACGAGCCAAAAAGAAGUUCGAAAAAGCUGAGCAACGACAUACAGCUUGUGAAUAUUCAGACAUCGACCACGCUGCAGAGGAUGCCGUUUAGAGAAAAAAAAUAACAGCCUAGAUGUUUGGAACAACAUGAGGUGGCUUUUUCUUUGCAGUUCUUCCCAUAAUGCCUGCACCCCUGAGUCGUCUCUUUACUGUUGUACAUGAAACUGGUGUUGAACAGGCUGAAGAUGAUGUUGAGCACUAUUGCCACCUACUCUGCCCCAGUUAUGGCAGGUGGGACUGGAUGAGAACGUGUAUUUAAAAGGGAAAGACAGAAAAAAGCACUUUUCUUUUGGGAGACAAGUUUUCAGCACAUACAAAAGGAUAGCAGACGAUUUAAGAGCAUACCCAUUACCUUACACGCCGCCCGCAAGAUUGAACCAGAGCCUGGAAGGCAGGGUAGCCACGGCAGAGUUUCAAUGGCAACGGCACCCUAGGGCUGCCAUGGCAGCAGCUGCCGCCGAUGCCCCUCACCACAUUGACACACUGACGCUGGAGGACGAGGAACGAAGAGCCGCCACCAAAUUGCUUGGAGGUCCCGCUGCAGGGAGGACGGAAAGAGAGAUCGAGAACGAGAGAGAGAGGGAGAGGGAAGGGAGAGGCAGUGGGAACGAGUGUUUGGUGUGCGGUGCCCUCUUCAGUUCGCAAGAUAAGCUCCGGCUCCACUCGUUCUGUCACGCAGGAGAGAAAUCUUUUCACUGUUCCCAGCCCCACUGCCCCAAGGCUUUUAGCUCCAAAUAUAAGCUCUUUAGGCAUAUGGCCACACACUCUCCACAGAAGACUCACCAGUGCUCAUUUUGUGAGAAGAUGUUUCACCGCAAAGAUCACCUGAAAAACCACCUGCAGACUCACGACCCCAACAAAGAGGCCUUUAAGUGCGAGGAGUGUGGCAAACACUAUAACACGAAGCUGGGCUACAAGCGCCACAUGGCCAUUCACUCAGCCACAGCUGGCGAUUUGACCUGUAAGGUGUGCUUGCAAAGCUACGAAAGCACGCCUGCACUCCUAGAACACCUCAAGAGCCACUCAGGCAAGUCUUCUGGUGGUGCCAAGGAAAAGAAACACCCCUGUGACCACUGUGAUCGACGCUUUUACACUCGAAAGGAUGUUCGCAGACACAUGGUGGUGCACACGGGCCGCAAAGACUUCCUGUGCCAGUACUGUGCCCAGCGUUUUGGGCGGAAGGACCAUCUGACACGGCAUGUCAAGAAGAGCCACUCGCAGGAGCUGCUAAAGGUCAAGACGGAACCUCCGGAUAUGUUGGGUUUACUUGGGUCUGGUUCAACUUGUGCUGUAAAAGAAGAAAUAAGCCCUAUGAUGUGUAGCAUGGGACCUACCAAGGACUCGAUGAUGGCAAAGACUUUCCCCGGUGCUACCCCUUUCCCCAUGGGCAUGUACAACCCUCAUCAUCUCCAGGCCAUGUCCAGUCCGAGUGUGGGCCACCAUCACUCGCUAGUUCCUGGGUCUUUGUCCACUGCAAUUGGGAUGGGCUGCCACAUGGAAACUCCAUCAUCACUGCACCACCAUCACCCACAUCAUCAUCAUCACCACCCUCACCAUCACCACCACUCCCCACCUCCACACCAUCACCAGCAGCAGCCUUCCUUGCCGAACCAGCAACAGCAGCAUCCGCAACCACCGCCCAAGUAUCAGCUAGGAUCUACCUCAUACCUGCUGGAGAAGCCUCUUAAGGUGGAGAUGGAGAGUUUCCUGAUGGAUUUACAGAGUGGGCUCCCAGUUCCACCACUGCCCUCAGUCGACCCCCAUUCAGCAACUUCACCCAAUAAGGAGGGUUUGGAACCUCCGCCAGGAUUGUCGGAUGACCUUUGUGGGGACCUCCUCAUGUCCAAGAGCCCUGCUUUCAUUGCUGAGUCAUUUUGUGCUGCUAACAUGGACUUCUCUCAUCUGCUGGGCUUUCUUCCACUCAAUCUGCCACCCUACAGCACCCCCAUGAGUUCAGGAGGACUGGUGAUGGGUUACUCCACCUCCUCCACUGUCUCUUCUACUUCCUCAUCAUCGUCAGCAUCUUCACAUGCUGCCGAACCACUCGCUGCCACUACCACAGCUGUGGUGCCUCUUACCUCUUUGCAACCUCAACCUCAGGAGCAGCCAGGCUCCAGUGGGGGCCUCGGUCUCGGGCCUCUGCACCCACUCCCACCAGUGUUCAGCUCCAGCCUCAGUACGACCACUCUGCCUCGCUUUCACCAGGCCUUUCAAUGAGGUCCCCACCCCAACCUAGCCCAACACAGGGGCUCAGGGCAGAGGAGCUUUAGAGCUCCCCCUAGGGGUGGGGAGUUAAAACACUUAUACACAUAGAAGCCUUAACAAAAGCGCACAAGUGCUUUUUAAUGAGCCUGGAGGAAAACAAGCAUAGGAAAUAUCAUGAAACUUUUAUUUAGGCUUAGCUAUGAUUUUAAUACCCUUUUGAACCUCUCCCACGAUUUUUUUAGUUAGAUAGCAGCAUCAGUAGGCCUUAAGGCAUGGUACUGCAUACUUUAUAAAGUAAUAAUACUUGUAGAAAAAGGAAAAGAUUAAUGUAGAAAAUAUAUUCUGUCUGAAAGACUAGUUUGAAGUGAUCUAAGAAUUAAUUUUUUUGUUUCCAAAUGUGAGACUUGACUUGCUAUAUUGUCUCUAUUCUACUAAGUGUAAAGUCAGGUAAUAGUUGUUUGCCCUUAAACUAAAACCGUCUUCAUGGCCAGGAGUGGAAGAAUUAGUGAAGGAAUGAAGGAGUAAAAUUGGUGUAAAAUUGGCACAAAAGCUUAAAUCUGAGUAAAAAUACAAGAGUCAUUAUUAUCACAGGUAAUAUUAUUGACUGAAUAUUUGAACAACCUCAAAAGCCAUUUCAAACAUAAUACAGUGUACCUCAUUAGAUGAAAAUAUUAUCUUAAAAAAAUAAGUAUUCUUCCAGCUCUUAUAUAUUUUAAUUUGUUUUAGUACAGAUUAAUUCACGUCAGAAAGAACUAAGCUUAUACGAGAGUGAAACACAGGGACUGAAAUUCGAGAGGCGAAGAUGGCAAAAAACUGCACAGUUUGAUCAUUUGGUACAAUGUGACCACUGACAGAACUAAAGCAAAAAAAUAUAUAUACGUUAAAAUCUUACAGGUUUACAUUUUUUCUCAAAAAAAGCACUUUGUUUACAGCCGAAGGCACUUGACCUCUUUGGGUUACCAUGGUGACCCACUGAAAUCCCCUCCCUUUCCCCACUCUACCUUUAUGGUUUCUGAAAAGAGACUGCCAUUAGACACACACACAAAGUUCAAAUAAUCUCCAAGUACCUUUGAAUACUCCACAGCCAUCUGAGACUUUCAAGAUGGUUUCCCUCCUUCCAGCACUAAUUUUAAAGGAAUAAUUUACACAAAAUGAACAUUUUGUCAUCAUUUGCUUACCCCUAUUUUGUUCCGAACCCAUAUUGGGAGAUGUUAGGCCGAAUGUCCAAGCUUGUGUUUAUCAUGCGACAAAAGUGAUUGGUGAUUUAUACUGGCAAGGACAAAAAAAAGCAAUAUAAAAGUAUUAUAAAAUUAGUCCAUAAAGGAAGACCAAAAGACUUCCAAGUCUUCUGAAGCCAUAGAUGGGUUUGUAUGACGAAUAUCUCCACCAGUGCUUAAAAUCUCAUGUGCACUUUUGCAUUAAAAAAAUUUGAGAAGGGUAUUGCUGCAGGCAUUGCUCCAAAAGGGGGCGGGAGCUCCAAGCCACCAUUAAAGAAAUAGGGAGCCCCUUACCUAACCCUUUCCCUAACCUUCCCUAACCGUGAGUGAAAGUGAUACCCCCUUUUUGAGUUGUCGCAACCCCCAUUUGGAGUAACCACACCCCCUUUUGGAGAUUCAACACUCAUUUGGAGGUCUCUGGCCUGCAGCUUGAAAAAUGUAGCUUUUGGACAUGUUUUGCCAGUCAUGUCAUGUGACCAAGCCUGAUGUGAAAUCAACAUGACCACAAAUUACCUUUUAGAGCUAUGGUAGAGUUAUAGUGAAUACCAGCAUAAAAUUUCACUCUGUUCCUCACACAAAGCUAUUGUAUGGUUUCAGAAGACUUGUAAUAUAGCAGACACGUCAUAUAGACUACAUUUAUGAGACUUUAAUGGUGCUCUUUUGGAGGUUGGCAGUAUAAAUCACCAUCCACUUUCAAUGUAUGGAAAACAUAGUCUCAGACAUUCUGCUUCUUCCUUCUGUGUUUCAAGAAAAUCAAAAUAAUACUUGGUUAGAAUGAAAUGAGGGUGAGUAAACUAUGACAACAUUUUCAUUUUUGGGUGAACUGUCCCUUUAAGUCUCCAUGGCGACAAUUUCUAACUUCCAGAUCCUGCCCACCAGAUCAUGACAUAUAUUUUAAAAGAAAAAAUAUAUAUUUUGUAUUUAGGCGGUUGUUUAUUUGAGAGAGAGACGUACAUUGUAAUGAUAACCCUGAUAUAUGUGAAUGGAAAAACAAAAAAACAAAAAAAGCAAGAAUAUUUUUUUUGCAGUGUACGAAGUACCACAUAAAAAUAUAUAUAUAUAUAUUAUAAAUGCGUCUUUUUCAGUAAAUUUUAUAAUUUAGAUAGUUGUAUUAAAAAAUGCAGAUGGAUUUUUUUUUUAAAUGUCUAGCAGGUUUACAUUAUUAUGUAUCUUGCAUCAUAUUGAUCAAAAAUGGAUGAAGUAUUAGCUUUUCCCUUUAGCUUUUUUUUCCUUCACUUUUUAAUGUGCGUCAAAUGAGAUUAAUAAGGUGGGUUUUUAACUACAUGUAAUAAACAGGCUAAUAGUGGCAUAAUCCAGUAGAAUGGACUAGUCUUUAAUCUUUAGAGCAUGUACUAGAGGCCCAUAAUGUGAUCCAAGUUUCAGUUUGUGCCCUUUGUUUACAGUAUUUGAACAAACCUGACUGAUGCUGUCUAUGGGUGUGUUUGGUGGUACAGUUUCUAAGGCCCUCUCAAAGACACGUUCUUCUUGGUCAAAUGGCUGACACCCAGGGGCAUAGUUUCCAAGGGGGGAAUGGGGGGAAAGUAACCUCCCCAAUAAUCAAAACAAGCAAGUACAACCCCCCAGAAUUUAUACCAUGAUCAAUGGAAACAUGUAAAUGCUUCACGUUGCAACCCCCCAUAAUGUUCAAGCCAAAUCUAUGCCCUUGCUGACACCACAAUUCAAAUUGCUGUACAUUCAGCUGUAGUGUUAAUAAAGGGAUAGUUCUCCCUCAUCCUUGUGUUGUUCCAAACCUGUAUGACUUUCAUUCCUCUGUGAAACACAAAAGGAGAUGGUAAGCAGUCACCAUUCACGAUUUUGUUUUUUCAUAGAAUGAAAGUGAAUGGUGACUGAGGCUAUCAGUCUGAAACAUUCUAACGUCUUCUUUUGUGUCAUAUGGGAUUGUAACGACAUGAUGGUGAGUGAAUGAUUGAGUUUUUAUGUUUGGGGGAACUAACCAGUAAUAUUAAGAAAACAUCACAAAAGCAAGAGAAUAGAAUAUAACAGAUAUGAGUUUUUAUUUUUCCUAUAAUCUCCUAUAAGAUGCCAUUUUACAGCAAAUGGACUGCACAAGUUCUACCAAAUGUUCAUUCAUUACAAAUGGCCAUGUGAUGAUGAAUUGUGGGGAAUUAACAGGUAAUAGAAACAUUUAAAGCAGUGAAAGUAGUACCUGAUACAAACAAAUGGAUUUCUCAUCUCUCUCUCUCUCCACCUCAUCCUUUAAGUAAAUCCAUUCAGCGAAUUAUCUCUGAUUUGAUAGUAAAUGUGAAUAUCGUACAAGCUGGAAAGACUAUAGAAAGGUAAAACCUUUGUAAACAAACAUGAGGCCACAACACAGAACUAAGAAGAGACUAAAUAAUAUGCUGCUUUUGUGCUAUGGUUGCCAGCAACUGUAGACCACUCUGAAAACAUUUCAAACUGCAAAUGAUCUUUUAGCAGAAAACAUGCACAGUAGUACACAUUAAUUUUUUUGUCCAUUUUCUCUCUGUUCUUCAGCUGCUUUGAUUCAAAUGAACAUUUUAUGAAAAGGGUGUGAAAAGAGACAGUUUCUAGAACAAAGAAGUCACCAGCCUGGUCUUUGACAUUCAAAGCAUGGGACAUUUGAUUGGGAUAUUGCCUAGUCGUUUUCUCAUUAUAUUAUUUUCUGUUUGUUGAAACAGGACCUCAAAACAACACAACGCAUCACCUCAUUUCUUUUUUCUUUUUACUUUUUUUUUUUUU